AUGUCAACGGCAAAGGCCACCAAGAAGAGUGCCUUUUCCUGUGAGCCUUGUCGUCGGUUAAAUGCGGAGGUGAACAGCCCAUUUGUCAGCGAUGUGCUGCCCGAAAUGAUGAGUGCAUAUUGUCGCGUUAUAUAUCCAACAUUAUCUUACACCCAGCGGUUGGAAGAACGAAUCAGGGAGCUGGAAGACCAAGUUGCGAAUCUUUCGAAGUCGCCUGCCUCCGUUGCUGGCUCGUCACACUCUAGCCCUCCGGUAUCAGGCGCGCCAGAUGCUCCAUCACAAACCGCACGCCAUGCAUCCGACGAGCAGGCAAUGAGUCGAAGCUUCAGAAGCUUAAAGAUAGACGACAAGGGAAGCAUCACGUAUCAUGGCGCCACUAGUUUCUUCAAUCUUCCGAGUGACCGAACGGGUCCGAGUUCAGGGGAGGUGCCAUUCCUGGAUCCGUCAACAUCAGACACCGACAGGCAACAACGUGAACGUCUAAUUCAUAAUGCAUGGCACCAACGCGCCAUGGAGAACUUGUCCGAAAUACCUGUAUGCAAUCCCGCUUCUAUGACAGCAGCCUCGUAUUCGGCUAACCACUCCGUACCGUACGUAUGGCUGACCGAAUUAGGCGACAUGCAAUCAAUGGGACCUUAUUACUCCCACACUCUUCUUAAUGCCGUAAUCUCACAUUCGAUUCGAUGGGGACGAAUUGAUCCUUCGAUCAAGCGGUUACUCGACGAGUCCUACCAAGGCGGUACCCUAUUCGGUAAACAUGCGCGAAGCAUGCUUUUCGAGGAGUUGAGCAAUGGCGUCUGCACGAUACCUACGAUACAAACUCUCCUCCUUCUCAGCGCACAAGAAUGUAGUCUGGGUAAUUCUACACAAGCCUGGACGUAUAGCGGUAUUGCCUUCCGGCUGCUAGACCAUCUUGGCAUAUGCGUGGAUAGCCAGCGAUUCCCGGGCUCUGUGCAGUUGAGUGACGAGGAGCUUGAGAUCCGCCGACGUAUCUACUGGGUUGACGACUCGGCCGAGAAUGACCUUUGGGUUCCAUUUGGUAUCUCCCAAACUGACACCGCCUGGAAUUAUCCCCUCACAACAGCUCACUCAGCAUCUUGCUUCAUGAGCAUGUGUCGGCUGGCCGUAAUUUUCAACGAAAUUCUGCUCCACAUGUAUGAUCCGCUGUCGCAAAAUACUGAUACUGAGAUUCAAGAGUGCCUCAAUUUCCAGGAACCAUUGUUACAGCAGUGGUGGGAUCAGUUACCAACGCACUUGAAAAUUGAUCCCGUAUCGUUGCCAACCUUGGCUCCGCCAUCUCAUAUUGUGACUUGUCUUUAUCAUGCGUUUAAAAUUUUGUUAUACCGCCCGAUGCUCACCGGUCGAGGGCAACGCGAAUGCGAAGGGCCAUCUCCCGUCCAGGGCUACCUGGCGGAAAGUGUGACAUCAGCGACAUCCGUCAUUGCGAUCUUUGAUCUCUUCUGCAGGACCUUCACUAUGAAUUACUGCGUUUUGUCUCUCGCAUACUGCGUCUACAUUGCAUCAUCAAUCUUUCUUCUUCAAGUUCAGGCAGCUCCAGACGAUCAGCAAGCUAUGCGUAAGCUCACUUAUUGCAUACAGUGCCUGCAACAAGUAAGACAGAUCAUCAUCGCCUCUGCACUAAAUAACAUCAACAAGGAGCUUACCGCUGUCGGAAUUGCAGUCGGGUCCUCUGUUCAGCAAAGCCCAGGGGCGCAUCAGUCUCCGUCAACGGCGGCAAGCCUUGCUACCUGGCGGCUACGGUGGGAUAUUAGUACCGCAACUGCAAGAGGGCCAGCCCCGCAAUCCACGCACGCACACACACACACCAACACACACACAUCGCGCACCCGACCUUUGCGAUGCCGCCACGCCGCCAAAUUAAGGAUUUUCGAGAAGCCAUCAAGAUAA